UCCCUCCUCCCUCCGCCUCAUAUCACCACCACUCACCCAACCGGCGGCCACCACCAUUGCCAGCCACAACCGGACAGAUCCCCGCAUAAAUUCCUCCACCCGUCGCGCCGCCCCCAUUCGCCCACGCCCACGCGCGCGCGCACGCGGCCUCCCCCCCACUCCGCUCCCCCAUUCGCUCCGUCCGUCCCUCCCUCCCUCCGCCGGCCGGGGACUCCGAUUUGGGGGGAGGAGAUGGGGUACGUCGGGAGCCACGGCGUGGCGACGCUGCGCAAGUACAAGUACAGCGGCGUCGACCACUCCAUCGUCGCCAAGUACAUCCUCCAGCCCUUCUGGUCGCGAUUCGUCAACGUCUUCCCGCUCUGGUUCCCACCAAACAUGAUCACGCUGACAGGUUUCAUGUUUCUGCUGACAUCGGCAUUCCUUGGCUUUUUGUAUUCACCUCAUCUCGAUACAGCGCCCCCUAGAUGGGUUCAUCUUGCGCAUGGAAUCCUUCUCUUCCUUUACCAGACUUUUGAUGCUGUGGAUGGUAAACAAGCAAGGCGUACGAACUCAUCAAGUCCUUUAGGCGAACUUUUUGAUCACGGAUGCGACGCGCUUGCAUGUACUUUUGAGUCCCUGGCUUUUGGGAGCACUGCUAUGUGUGGAAAUGCUACCUUCUGGUUUUGGGUCAUUUCGGCUGUCCCCUUCUACUUCGCAACCUGGGAACACUAUUUUACAAACACACUUGUUCUUCCUAUAGUCAAUGGGCCAACUGAAGGCCUUAUGCUGAUCUAUGUGUGCCAUAUCUUCACCUUUUUCACAGGAGCUGAAUGGUGGGCGCAGGAUUUCCGGAAAUCAGUGCCCCUCCUUAAUUGGGUGCCUCUUGUUCCUGAAAUCUCGCUGUAUGGCAUUGUGCUGUUUCUAAUGAUUGCUUUUGCUGUAAUUCCGACAAUUGGAUCUAACACUCACAAUGUUUACAAAGUCGUCGAAGCAAGAAAAGGAAGCAUGGUGCUGGCCCUAGCAAUGCUCUUCCCUUUCGGUUUACUCAUGGCUGGAACUCUCGUGUGGUCCUAUCUAUCUCCUUCAGAUAUAAUGAGAAAUCAACCACAUCUGCUAAUCAUUGGAACUGGUUUUGCGUUUGGCUAUCUUGUGGGAAGAAUGAUUCUGGCUCACUUAUGUGAUGAACCCAAAGGUCUGAAGACAGGAAUGUGCAUGGCCCUGGCAUAUUUUCCGUUUGCGAUUGCAAAUGCGUUGACUGCCCAACUUGAUGAUGGAAACCCCCUUUUUGAUGAGCAGCUCGUUCUCCUGAUAUACUGCUUAUUUACAGUGGCGUUGUACAUGCAUUUUGCUACGUCUGUUAUCCAUGAAAUCACCAACGCACUUGGGAUUCAUUGCUUCAGAAUCACAAGGAAAAAGGCGUAACUCUGACUUAGUUGGUAGUCAUGGUAUCUACCAAAGAAGCAAACAUGCUUGCUUGUCUUCGUUAUAGGGGUGAUGUCCGAAUCAUAUUUGCAUCUGUCAUUACAGGGACAUUCUCCCCUGAAAUUUACAUCAGCACUAAAAUUUGUGCUGAUGAGAAAACAAUGUAUGUGAAAUAGUUGGCAAAAUUUUGUUGUAUUGUUCAUAGAGCAAAUGCUCAGCAAAAACUUUCUGGAGGAAAUGCUGUGCUGAUUGGCAGAAGUUGCCUUUGUAACUUGUCACAUUGUAACAUCAGCAGAGAUGCGGAUAGCGUUGUUUACGCAUUUUA